AUGUCUAAGGCUCAUAAAGAUCGCAUGUGUGUUGUGUGCUCGCGAACACACCCACCAACUAUAUUCAGCUGCAGAUACAAAGUCCACCCAAAGAAUGUAGAUGUGCUCUGUUCAUUCUUUGAAAGAGACUUGUCACAAGGAGAAUUAUGUGAUAGAUGCUACAGAUUAUGGUACAAGCAUCGUAAACAGAAAGAAGGAGGUGGAUCAAAGAGUUCACAAGGAAAGAGAAAGAAAAAGACUACCUCCUUCUCAAAGAGAAAAAAGUCAAAACCAAGUGUAAAGAGAAGAGUACCAUCUGAUGAUGAAGAGGAUGAAGAUGAGGAAGAAGAAGAAAUUGAAGUUGAAGAAGAAGAAGAGGAGGAGGAAGAAGAGGAAAAGAGUGAUGAAGAAAAGCUGAGUAAUCAUAGCAGCAGUAGCAAUAGAAAGCCAAUUGUUGCAAAGAAACAAUCUGCUGACGAUCGUUCAUUUGAAACUUCAUCACCUGCUUUGAAUGAAUCUGGUAAUACUGGCAGAGCAUCAUCUCAUACUUUACCUCAUUUAGAAAUGCAAGAAACUGCAUUUAAUGGUUAUGCUUCCUCUGGAAGCAGUGGAAGCUCAUCGAGCUUGGCCCACAGAAUCCACAAAGGAACGAGUAAGGAAAACAAAUUGCAAUCUACAGAUAUCAAGGAAGAUGAGGAUGCUCUCCCUUCAAAUGAAGGUGCCAUCAAGAAGGAAUCAGCAAAAAUCAAUACUUCAUCGAAUGAUUCUAUUGUUUAUGAAGAGGAGGAAUCAACAUCUUAUCCUUGCGUUUUGCAAGCCAUCCUUUCAAGACAAGAUGAAAAUAAUGGUCUCAUUCAAAAAUUGGAAGCUCUCUCUGCUCUCUCGACUGAUGUCAGAAAGUCAAAGAGAAAGAGACUGUUCCCUUUGAAGAGCCCUGUUAAGGAGGACUUGCUUCAACUUUACAGAGGCAAUGAUCCACAUUAUUUGCAACAAGGUCUUUCUAAAAUGGUUUCCUAUUAAUCUGAUGGCUCAAUUCUCAUUCUAUCAACCAGAUUUUAGUGUUGAAGCAUCAUACGCACAUAUGAUCAUGAUUAGUGAAUGUGAGAAUGUGAAAUUAUAAACAAAAUUU